GAACACAAUGGCAAGAAUCAAGAAGAAGGGAGAAUCUGGCCAAGCCAAAAACUUCAUUACCAGAACUCAGGCCGUGCGGAAAUUGCAGGUUAGCCUCCCAGAUUUUCGAAAACUCUGCAUCUGGAAGGGGAUCUAUCCUCGAGAACCGCGAAACAAGAAGAAGGCCUCCAAAACCUCAAAUGCUGCUACCACAUUCUACUAUACGAAAGAUAUCCAGUACCUUCUUCACGAACCACUCUUGAAGAAGUUCCGCGAGCAAAAGGCUCUGGAGAAGAAGAUCUCAAAGGCUCUUGGUAGAGGAGACGCACACGAUGCUCAGAGAUUGGAGCGCAAUGCCUCGAGACCGGAGAAGACGGGCAAGACAAAAUACACAUUGGACCAUGUUAUUCGCGAACGGUAUCCUACAUUUAUCGACGCGCUGAGGGACCUGGACGACUGCCUAUCUAUGCUCUUCCUCUUCGCUAACCUUCCCUCUACACCGACUGUUCCCGCGAAGAUGAUCGCAAGAUGCGAAAGAUUAUGCCUCGAAUUUCAGCACUACCUUAUCGUCUCUAAUAGUCUGCGGAAAUCCUUCCUUUCCAUCAAAGGCAUUUACUACCAGGCGACAAUCCAAGGGCAGGAUAUUUUGUGGUUGGUUCCGUACAGAUUCAAUCAACGAGUCACUGGGGAUGUCGACUUCAGGAUUAUGGGUACCUUCGUGGAAUUCUAUCAGACCCUCCUUGGAUUCGUCAACUUCCGACUCUACACAUCCAUUGGACUGGUAUAUCCUCCAAAGUUUGACAAGAAUAGAGAUGAUCAAGGAGCAGAACUUGGAGCUUUCUCAUUAGAGGCGAACGGCGUCGGGAUAAUCGAACAACCGAAACAGAUUACGAAUGGACCCUCCAAACCAGACCCCAAGCUCCAAGCCGAGAUUGACAAGCUCAUGCUUCAACUUAAUGAGCCCGAAAAGGAGCCUGCUGCGGAACAAACAGUGGCAAAUGACGAAGAAGAGGAGCAACCAACAGACACGAUUGAUAAAUUCGAACCCGUAGCGCCAGGAGGAGACAUCCUACCGCAACCUUCAUACUCAGCUACCGAUCCGUCAACUCUCUUCUCAAACUUCACAUUUUUCCUCUCCCGUGAAACGCCCAGACAGCCAAUCGAGUUCAUCCUCCGAGCCUUUGGCUGCAAACGUAUUGGCUGGGAUGCUGUUCUCGGCGAUGGUGCCUACACACACAAUGAGCUAGAUCCCUCCAUCACGCACCAGAUUGUUGAUCGUCCACCCAUACAAGUCGAUGCUGAAUCAGAAAAAGAAGUCGAAGACAACCAAACCGCUCAACGUCUCAAACCGGGCUCCCGUGUUCCAGGCAGAAUAUAUGUGCAGCCACAAUGGAUCUGGGACUCUGUUAAUGAUGAGGAAUUAAAACGUCCGGACCUGUACGCUCCCGGCGCUCAAUUACCUCCUCAUCUCAGUCCGUUCGUGAAGAAGGUCAGAGGACAAUAUGACCCUAGCGCGCCGCUUAAUGAGCAGGAGCGAGAAGGGGAAGAAUUGGAAGCUGAUAUACAGGAACCAAAGCUUCUAACCGAGAUGGAGGUGGAUGCUACUGCUGAGGGUAUGGAUGUGGCUGGUUCUGAGGACGAGUCUGGCGCUUCUGAUGAAGAAGCGGACAAUUUUGCCGGAUUCUCCGAUGCUGAAGAGGAGGAGGAGGAGGAGGAUGAGGCUACCGCUGCUGCCAAACAGCGACAGAGAGAGCUUGAAGCUGAGCUCUCUGGUGUGGCGCUUAAAGAAAACGAUGUGGACCCGAGAGCCAAGGCCAAGGCGGACGCCCGGAAGAAAGCAGCGAAGAAAGCUAAGGAAGAAGAGGAGGAGUUAGAGAGAGCGAAAAUGAUGAUGAGCAGGAAGAAGAGAAAGAUCUUGGAGAAGAUGGUUUACAGCAACAAGAAGAAGGAUGCAGAGGCUGAGACUCUGAGAGCAAAGAGGCGAAAAAUUGAGAAGAGUGGGAAGGCAGCCCCACGGGCUUAGACGCGGACUGAAGUAUAUUACAGGGACACGGAUUUGAAAAAGUAUGGCGUUGAGCGUAGUGUGUUGCUGCGGAGUUUAGGCUUAUAUUUGAAGAGUGCGAGACAACCCGUACUUACAUUGAAUUGAAGACUGCAACCCGUGCCCCUUUUCACAUUGCUGAAAUAUGGCCUGAGGAGACUAUUAUGUCUUUGAAUCUCUGAACGGACAAUCUCAGAUGCGCACUAAUCAAAUUACAAAGGCAGAGAAUUGAAAUGAAUCAGGUUCGAGGAUAAAACAGAACGAUGUUAUCAAGAGACGCUAGAGGACAGUGGUUUGGGAACACUGUAGAUAUUCUUGCUCUUGGCCGUAGAUAGCUCAUUAGCGAAAACAUUGGCUUAAUGUAUAAAUCCGUCAGAACAAAAGAAAUAAGAUGCUUAAGUAGAUUAGAACAGUCUAUCGCCAUG